CCCACUCCGUCAGGCAGACAAACAGAAAGCAGUUUUCCUUUCUUGCUUCUGAUUGAAGUCAAACUGUAAGAAAACAGCUGAAAGACUCAUUUCAAUGGCAUAAACUAGAGGCGGCGACGUGGGGAACUCUGAAAUACUGGAUCUGAACUCCUUCAACCUAAAAAGCUUCAACCUGGGAGAGCUCAGCUCAAAGUGAAAGUAAGUCCUGCCUGCUUUGUCUUCAGCCGCAUUCAGAGACAACAUGUCCUCCAGGCCUGAGGAGGAUCUGUCCUGCCCCAUCUGCCAGGACAUCUUUAAAGACCCGGUGGUUCUGACCUGCAGCCACAGCUUCUGCAGAACCUGCCUGCAGACCUGGUGGAGGGGGAAGAAAACACAGGAGUGUCCCUGCUGCAAGAGGAAGUCGUCCCGCAGCGACCCGCCUCGCAACUUGGCCUUAAGGAACCUGUGUGAAGCCUUCACGGCCGCCGGGAUGUCGGAGUCAGAGCAUCUCUGCACUCUGCACUCUGAGAAGCUCAAGAUCUUCUGCCUGGACCACCAGGAGCCAGUGUGCGUCAUCUGUCGGGACUCCAGGAUCCACAGCGAGCACCGGUUCCGGCCCGUGGACGAGGCGGCGCAGGAGCACCGGGAGGAGCUGCAGAAGAUCCUGAAGCCUCUGCAGGACAAGCUGGCCGUCCUGCAGGACGCUAAAGCGGACGGGGACCAAACCCUGAAGUUCAUCAGGCUGCAGAGCCAGCAGACCGAGAAGCAGAUCAGGGAGCAGUUUCAGAAGCUGUACAAGUUCCUGCAGCAAGAAGAGAGGGCAAAGGUCGCCGCUCUGCAGGAGGAAGAGGCGAGGAAGAGUGGGGUGAUGAAGGAGAAGGUGGCGGCUCUGAGCAGGGAGAUCGCGGUUCUGUCAGCCACCAUCACAGCUGCGCAGGCGGAGCUGAAAGCCGCAGAUGUCUCCUUCCUGAAGAACUACCAGGAAACAGUGAGGCGGGUCCAGCGGCGCCCCCUUCAGGACGACCCGCAGCCCGUCCCCAGAGCGCUGAUAGACGUAGUCCAACACCUGGGCAACCUGACCUUCAACAUCUGGAGCAGCAUGAAGCGGGUCGUGUUCUACAACCCCGUGGUUCUGGAUCCGAACACGGCGGACCUGGAACUCGUCCUGUCCAGCGAUCUGAGCAGCGUCCGGUCCGGAGAACGGAAGCAGCUGCCCAGGAACCCGGAGAGGACCCGGUUCUCCUGCUCCGUCCUCGGCUCGCAGGGCUUCACCUCGGGGACGCACAGCUGGAGCGUGGACGUCGGGGAGAACCAGGACUGGGAGCUGGGCGUGCUGGGGGACGCCGUCCAGACGGGCGGAGCCCCGGCGGCGCAGCUGUGGAGGAUCUCUUUCUGCCAGGGAAAGCUCACUGUGUUCUCCGGAUCCGAACCGGAGACGGAGCUGCCGCUGAAGGCGCCGCUGAGGAAGAUCGGCGUCCAUCUGGACGUGGACAGGGGGAGGCUGUCUUUCAGCAACCACAGCACCAACACCAACAUACACACCUUCACACACAGCUUCAGCACCACAUUGUUCCCUUACAUUUACACCGAGGACCCGGUGCCGGUCCGGCUCCUCCCGGCCAGCAUCUCGGUGAGCGUCAACAAAAACGCCUGAGAAGAUCCACAGCGUGACGCGUUUGACAGCGUUUCCCAUCUCUGAGCUGAAACUCCCUCUUUCUACUGGAGACUGUUUGUCCAGUUUUGAUUCUCAAUAGAGGUGCACCGAUUUAUCAGCGCCAAUUUCCUUCAUUUUAGGAGAUCAGCUGAGCCUUUCACAUGAAGUCAAUCUGAUUCACCGAGCUUUUCUACCUCAGCAAAGAUUUAAAAAAUAUCCUGUCAAACCUGUUCUGCUCUGCAGUGAGAGGUUUGAUGCUGCCAACCAGGUCAUGUCUGCAUGUUUAAAGUUAAUAAUUAGCAACAUUUCAGACAAAAAGUAUCUGUCAAAAUCUGAAUUGGCAAGUCAGGCUUCUCAAAAAUCGGCAAUCGGCCAGGAACUGCAAUCGGUGCACCCUUAAUUUUAAAUGUAAACUUAAAAUCAAAUCUCUAGAAAACAAGCGACACGCUGGUCUGUAAAUACAAAAUACGAAGCUGGGAUGAGAGAAAACAUGCUUUUCUAAUCAUCUGAAUUAGGGGUGGGUGAAACGGACUUUUGUGAAACAUUUAUGAUAUUGAUGAAAGUGAGGCUAAAAUCUAUUUCUUUCUCCUUUUCUAGUUAACUGUGUUAACUAGAAAUACAGUAACUAACUGCUUUCAAACAUUUUUACGUCUGAAAACAUAAAAAUGUUUCUUUAAUUUCCUUUAUUUUUCUUUUUUGAACUCAGUCGGACACGAAAAUAUUUAGUUAAUUCAUAUUUCUUUCUAAGGAGAUACGUCUAACCUUGCAGAUCUCUGGUUCCUCCAACCUGUCAGAACCCUUCUCGGGUCGCUCGCCGAGAAGGGUUCUGACAGGUUCUGAUGGGUUCUAACAGGUUCUGACAGAUCUUCAGGUCCAGUUCAGAUAAAGGUGGUUCUGUUAAGGGACUCAGCUGACAGAAACAUUUUGUUUGCUUGUUUUUAUCUGCAUAGGUUCAAAUAAUUACAUUAUAAAUAUUAUAAAUCUGAAGGAAAAAUACAAUGAAAUUGUGCAAUUUUCUUUUAUCUUAUUUUAACAUAAUUAAUGUUCAUAAAUAUUCAGUAUUGGGUUUUUGGUGAAUAGUUUUAUUUAGUUUCAGUUUUACUUUGAGGUGCAAUUUUAGCUAAAAAGCUAAAUAUUAAAGUUACUUGUUUUGAUUUUUAAAAUGAGAAAAUAAUGUCUGAGUGAAAAUUAUUAUCUGUUGAGUUUAAUGAUCAUUUUCCCUGAUUAAUGUGAAAUUA